AUGAAUUUUAAUCCAAUAAAAGUGUUUAUAAGUUUACUACUAAAUUGUAUAAUUAAUUUGAUAAAAUUCCAUAUAGUUAAUUGAUUUUGGGAGGAGAUGGAUAAAUCAAUUAUUUAUUUGGUACAACUGAUACAGAUAUAAUUAGUAUUAAAUUUAAACCAAUAAAAUGUGCAGUAUGUGAUAUUUAAUAAGAACAUAAUAGUAUUAUUAAAUAUUAUGUAAAUUGGGGUAGUAGUGUUGAAUAUUCUCAUAUCAUAGGACUAUGUCAAUAUCAUUAAUAUAAUAAUAUAAAUAAAUUAUAAGUAGAACAUUUUGAUUAAAAAGAUGUAGGUAAUUAUUAUUUGAAUUAAACUGAAGAAAUAAUUGUAAAUAUUACAGUAGAUAAAUAAUCAUUACAUAAUUAAUUAUAUAUUUCUGUUAGAGCUUCUAUCUUAUAAUUCAAUAAUAUUCCUAUAGGUGAUUAUGAAUUAUAUUAUCAUAUUGCAGAAGUAGGAUUACCUAUGAAUGCUUUCUAUAUGUAUAAAAAUCGUUUUUAUGAAUUCUUAAUUGCUUUAUCUAUUUUAGUAGUAUUUACAUUCAGCAUGUAUUAUAUUAAGAUAUAUAUUUAUUAGGCUUUGUUGUUUAUGUUCUUUUUAUAGAAAAGCUCUUAAAUUAAAAUAAGAGAAUCUGAAUAUGUAAUUAGAAUAGAGAAUGGAAAGUGCAAAAGAGAAAGUAUAAAUAGAAGUUUAAAUGGGAUAUGAUUAAUUUUAAGAUGAGAAUAAUGAAAAGUCAAAUUAAUGA